AUGGCUACAUCAGAAAAGACCGAGAGUGGGUACUUCACCUCAGAGGAUGUGGAUGCAGCUCCUGCAAACAUCAACAGCGUCUUGGUCAAUCCCUUCAUUGGAAUGCGACAUGAGAAGAUGGACGAGCUCAUAGAAGCAUUCAUAAAUAAAACAAAGAUCGAAGAUAUAUACCAUGAAGUGAUACGAAAAGGAGCAUUCUUGGCUCAGGACGGUGAGGCAUUCGGAGGGCCGCGCACAGAUAGCCUUCGUCUCAAGCCAGAAGAGAUUGAAGCCCUCAGACGAGAAGACCCCAAGACCGGAAACAAAUGGGAUCAGCCGUGGAUACUAUACGCACUGGUCGCUGUGCAGGGCUGGGAUGAGACCGCAGUGAAUGGCGCUCAGUUGUGUAGCUUGAACUGGAGGUUGAUGCUCGCCUCUCCCAUGCUACUACCUCUCAUAGCGGCUGCCUACGUCUUCACCCUCCCGGAGUCACCGCGAUGGCUGCUCCUCAAGGCUCGGCAGGGAAAGACUGCCUAUUACGAAAAGGCUUUCCGCUCCCUUUGCAGACUCCGUCAUUCCCGGCUCCAGGCCGCACGGGACCUCUUUCUUAUGCAUCAUCUCCUCGACGGCGAAGAAAAGAUCAAGCAAAACCGUAAUCGAUUUGUGGAAUUAUGGAGUGUUGACCGCAAUCGCAGAGCUCUGGUGGCAUCUUUGACCGUCAUGUUCCUGCAACAGAUCUGUGGAGUGAACGUCAUGGCCUUCUAUUCAUCCGAGAUUCUGAGUCCUGUACUUGGCGACAAAGCUGGCCUUCUGGCUUCGAUGGGGUUCGGAAUCCUGAAUUUCUUGUUUGCUCUGCCGGCGGUAUACACAAUAGAUACUUUCGGACGCAGGAAUCUGCUUCUUUGCACGUACCCAUUCUUGGCUUUCUUCCAGCUUCUGACUGCCAUGGGAUUUUUGCUUCCAUCUGGGAGUCACAGCCGAACGGGGCUAGUGUUGACCGGGAUGUACCUCUUCAGCGUUUUCUACAGCCCAGGGCAAGGUCCCGUACCAUUCGUGUACUCUGCCGAAUCAAUGCCAUUGUACGUCAGAGAUCUAGGUAUGUCAAUGGCCACCGCGACUCUUUGGUUUUUCAACUUCCUACUGGCCGUCACAUUCCCGAGGUUCCAGUAUUCCUUUGGCAACACGGGUGCUUUUGGCUAUUAUGCAGCUUGGUGUGUUGUAGGAUGGUUCAUGAUAUUAUUUCUUGUGCCCGAGACGAAGAAUUUGACUCUCGAACAAUUGGACGCACGAUUCAACAUUCCGACCAAGACGCAUGCACGCUGGGCUGUGAAAGAGGUGGUCUUUGUCGUCGAGCACUAUCUCCUUGGGCGGAAAGGGGCAAGCAGACCAGUCCUGAGUGUGCCGACGGAAAGUGAGGCCGAAAUGGACAAGCGCAGGCUUCCACCGCGAAAAUUGUCGAUGGAAAUCGAACAACGAGAGAUUCCGGAUACCGAGGCUUGA